AACCAACACUUCUCAUCCUCACCACCCCGCAUACAUUCACCAUGUCAGAAGUAGCGAACGCAGCCACGCCCAAGGCCAGCACAAACGGCAGCAAUGGUGCCGCCGCCGCCUCUGCAGCCACGCCCGCCCCUGCCAAGUCCUACAACGUCACCAUCGCCAAGAUGGCCGGUUCACACGGCAAGCCAGACAAGGCUCACCACGAUGGCGAGAUGGACCGCCUCAAGAAGGAGAUUGAAAAGGUCCAGGGCGAAGUCAACAAUGUCAAGUCUCUCUUGUCCGGCGCUGGACCGUCGGCCAAUACACCGCAGGGUCAGCGAAGGCAGAAGCUGCGUGCUGAGCUGGAUGAGCUGAGGGGACAGCAGGCCGGCAACAAGGGUGCGAGGGGAAAGGUCCUCGAUGAGUUGAAGGCAUUGCAGGAGCAGACGAACAAGAAGGUCAAGGACCUCCAAGCCUCUCGCAGCAAGUCUCCCUACAAGACCGUUGCCGACGUCGACUCUGCAAUCGCCCGCCUCCAAGCGCAAGUCGAGUCCGGCAGCAUGAAGAUCGUAGACGAGAAGCGUGCCUUGGCCGAGAUGACCAACCUGCGCAAGUCGAGGCGUGGCAUUGAGGGCUUCGAGGCUCAGCAGAAGGCAAUUGAUGAGGACCGCAAGCGUGCCGAUGAGCUGCGCAAGACGCUCGACAAUCCGGAGGGCAGGCAGCUCAGCGAGCGGUACGACGCCAUCAAGAAGGAGCUCGACACCAUCCAGUCCGAGUUUGAGAAGUCUGCCGGUUCGCGCCAGAAGCUCAUCGACCAACGCACAAAGCUCUCAGCCCAGCUCGACGAUCUCUACGGAGAGAGGAGGGAGCGCAACGGCGCAUACAGGCAGGCACAGGAUGACUGGUACGCCAAGAGCCAGGCGGAGAGGGAGAAGAGGGCCGAGGCUCAGAGGGCCGAGAGGAAGGCACACGAGGACUCGAAGCGCAAGGAGCAGGAAGCCCUCAUGCGCGAGGAAGCCGCCAUGCCCGCCUUUGCCCAGGAGAUCGAAGACUGCGACGUCUUGAUCGCCUACUUUGGCGGUAACGCAACGCAGAGCGCCGCAGCAAGCAAGGCCACGCCGUCGUCGGUACCUGGAGCCAAGCAGCUUGACGUACGUAAGGUUGAGGCCGACACGUCGUACGGCCAAGCGAUCAAGAAGAAGGGCAGCGAGAGUGCCGAGGACUCGUACUUUGCUGGUUCUUCCGCGGGAGGGAAGAAGGGGAAGAAGCAGGGCAGUAAGAAGGGCAAGCCGCUUGCUCUUGGUGAGGCUCCUGCGGAUGAGGAUGAGACUCCUGCGGCUGCAGCGCGCAGCGACCUCAAGGUUCCCGUCGGCCACCUCAGCGCUUUGCUCUCUCUCUCGAUCCCCCCGCCCACCAGCUCGGCCGACGUGCCUCGCGUCGUCGAGAAUCUCAAGCUCAAGCGUCGCUACUUUGUUGAAAACCAGGACAGGAAGACGAAAGAGAGGAUCGAGGAGGUGGAGAAGCGAUUGGGCAAGGCUGCCAUUGUCGACGGUGGAGAGGAGGGAGAGAAGGAGGCGAGCGCAUAGCGGGCGAGAUCGGGGGGACGAUCUUUAUACUACCUACUACACUCGUCGUCAAAAAUGCGAACAAUCUGCGAUCCAUUGAGAGGCAUGUGCAAUGCUUGUCCAUGAAAGGGGGAGUCUACAUGAGAAGGAAAGAGGUAUCAAAGCGUCCCAACUCAGAGGCACACGCGCCUAUGGCAACGAAGUGUAAAGC